AUGACAACGAUGUUCGUCCAACUGCGCCGUAUGGUGUACCUGUUGGUACUUCUGCACUUCUGUGUGAGUUUGGUGAGUGCAACUGUCAGUGUAGAAGGGGCGUCGGGUCCGGACGGUGGUGAGGUGGUUGUUGUCAAACGGACUGAACAUGAUGAGGUUUUGUCGGCGGAGAAUGUGACAGCCGCGUGGUUAAUAAAGGCAGGUCAACUGCUAGAGGAGGGGGUCGGAUGUUUCUCUGUUUGGGAAGACGAACUGAGACGGUGUAGGGAGAGUGCCAAUCGCACCGAAGCCGCAGCGAAUGAAACCACUGAUUAUGUCAACGAGAAAAAGGGUGCCCUCAAACCAGUUGAGAGUGAGGUGGGAACUAAAAUUAAAGAAUUGGUCGAGGGCGUGAAAAAUGCGGUGAUUGAGACGACAGCAGCGGUCAAAGACGUCAAGAGGAUAAAAGAUACCUGUACGGAUUCGCUUGGUAGCAUGGUUGACGCGUUAACAUUCAACGCAACGAGAGAAUAUUAUAUGGGGGAGAGACUUGAGGAAAAAAAUAAGACGUACUGGACACUGGAAAAAAAAAAACUUGCUGAAAUAAGCAAUUGGACUUUCUACAAACUGUCUAACGUUACUGGGGAACUUGGUGCACUGGUUGGAAAGAACAAGAUCCUGUUUUUGUGGGAUCUUGUGGAGCAUAUGAAGGCCGCAAAAACGAAAAUGGAUGGGGUGAAGCAGGCAUUCCAACCCUCUGGUGACGAUAGUGAAAUCACACGAUCAGUCGAAGAGGUUUUGAGUUUAAUUGCCAAGGUCGUUCCCAUUACAAAACAAAAUGCCUUAAUAACAAAAACAGAAUCAACUAUUGAUGACAAGUUGAGGGAUGCAAAAGCAAAGGCAAGGCAGCGGAUAGCAGAGGAGGUGAAGGCUAAAGAAGAACAAGCAAGAAAGGAAGAGGCAGCGAGACAGGAAAGAGAGAAGCAAACGAGGUUGGAAGAACAAAGACUGGCCAAGGAAAAGGAGAGAAUGGCUCAAGAAGAACUGGAGAGGAAGAGAAUGGCUGAAGAACAGGCGAAGAAGAAAAAAGCAGCAGACGAAGAGGCGGAGAAAAGAAAAGAUGAUGAAAAAAGAGACCAAGAAGAAAAAGCUAAACAAGAACAGGAAAGGAGGGAUGCAGAAGAAAAAGCUAGAGUUGCAUUGGAGAAGAAAGAAAAAGAACAGCUGGAACGAGCGGCGGAAGAGGCGAGAAAAAAAGCAGAAGCGACUAAGAAGAAUGACAACAGUCACAGUCCUUCAUUGGUGCACAGUCCCUUAUUCUUGCUUCUGUUGUGUGUGCUGGGUAGCACUCUCGUUUGCUAA